CGGCUCCUCACAGCUACAGCAGCAUCCUGUUUCAUUCACUAAACCCCUGUGUCCAGCAUUAAUUGUAGCAUGCGUCAGGACGGAUCUUUACAGAUGGCUGCAAAACAGAAAGAGAGCGGCGAUCAGAACUUUGACUACAUGUUCAAACUGCUGAUCAUCGGGAACAGCAGCGUGGGCAAAACGUCGUUUCUUUUCCGCUACGCUGACGACUCAUUUACGUCAGCCUUCAUCAGCACUGUUGGCAUCGAUUUCAAAGUCAAAACCGUGUACAAGAACGACAAGAGAAUCAAGCUGCAGAUCUGGGAUACAGCAGGACAAGAGCGGUACAGGACCAUCACGACUGCCUACUACCGUGGUGCCAUGGGCUUCAUCCUUAUGUAUGACAUCACCAACGAGGAGUCAUUCGGAGCGGUGCAGGACUGGUCGACCCAGAUAAAAACGUACUCCUGGGAUAAUGCGCAAGUUAUCCUGGCUGGAAAUAAGUGUGACAUGGAGGAAGAGAGAGUCGUGUCUGUUGAGAGUGGCAGACUGCUGGCCGAACAGCUUGGCUUCGAGUUCUUCGAGACAAGUGCCAAGGACAACAUCAAUGUGAAGCAAACGUUUGAACGUCUCACGGAUAUCAUCUGUGACAAAAUGUCCGAUAGCCUAGAGACUGACCCUGCAGUUACCACUGGAACGCAGGGCAAUGCCAGGCUCACAGACAACCCACCACCGACACAACAACCCAACUGUGCAUGUUAGUGCAUUAAAGUCCAUUCAGAAUGUGUGUGUUUAUGAGGCUUCUUUAGAUUGAUGUAUUUAACCUUUAAUGUUGUGGCUGACAACAUCUGUCACUAAAACAAGCUGAAUCCCAUUGAGACUAUCUUACGCACCACCCACAGCGCAAAAUGGGUCUUGCAAUGAAAUGCUGUUUGCAAAAAGGUAAGAAAAAGGCACUGUAAAUGCC